UCGGACUGACAAAUGUCAAAGGCGCAUUGCAUUUGUGAUUAUUGAAAAAAGGAAUAUGUGAUAUAUCAAUAGUUUUUUUUUUAGUUUUCUGAUAGGGUUUUCAUAUAAAUAGGUGCAAAAAGCAACUAAGAGUAAAUGUUUGUGUCCCAAUGAUCUCGUUCAUCCCAGGUUAUCCACUUUUAAAGUGAACAUAACCCCUCUAAAAAUUCAAAUAGUGGGCACUAUUGAUUAAGCAAAACAACAUAAAGCCAAACACUUCACAUAAUUUUAAAAAGAAAUGCACGAAGAAGAAAAAAAUGGUACUCAGUACGGAGUGGUCACAAGUGGAAGUGAUUGACCUCCUGAAUGAUGGCUCAGGUCUUGGUUUUGGCUUGGUUGGAGGUCGUAGCACUGGAGUGGUAAUCAAAUCUAUCCUUCCUGGGGGGAUUGCAGACAAAGACGGUCGUUUACAGAGUGGAGACCACAUCUUACAGAUAGGAGAGAUCAACCUGAGGGGGCUAACUGCUGACCAAGUUGCCACUGUGUUACGACAGGCAGGACCACAGGUAAGAAUGGUAGUAGCCCGUCCUAUUGAACUGAAUUCGCUAGAUUUUGACCCAUAUAAUUGCGCUGCCCCUAUUGUACCCACGAAGAUCCUAACUGAUCCAGAGGAAUUGGACAGACAGCUGUUACAAAAUGGAUAUACAACAGUAUUCUACCGAUAUUCCGAACCUGUAGAGGCAGUUAACAAUGACAGCUUGCAAAACAAUUUCACCAGUACUAACUGUCAGGACCUCAACCAGAUCUCAGGGAUAUCAAGGAAGGAAUCACUGACAGUAUUAAAACGCAGCGAGACUCAGUCUCCAAUCAUCAAACGUAGCGAAUCACAGACCACCUCUCUGAAACACAGCAGUUCACAGAACAUUACUCCUCUCAACAAUAACUGCUUGGGAUCAAAGUCAGCAUCUCUUGGUUCACAGACCAGUUGCAAAGAGCAAAAAUGUAAUGGCGGCGAAUUGAAUGGAGUGAAAAGAAACAGUUCGGUGAACUUUUGUGAUGAUGUCAUCAUUACACCUGAUACAUUAUCACCGAUUGAUAAUGGCCAAGUUAUUAUAACACCUGUGGAUAUUGAACAUCAUAGUCCAGAAGGGCCAGAAACGGAGAGAUUUUCCCUGACAUUGACGAAGGACGAACAUGGACUAGGUAUCACCGUUGCUGGCUACGUGUGUGAGAGAGAAGAUCUUUGCGGAAUUUUCGUGAAAAGUCUGAACGAAAACUCCGAGGCCUACAAAUGCGGGAAAAUCAAACUUAAUGACAGGAUAAUCGAGGUUGACGGUUGCUCUCUACUAGAAUGCUCUAAUUAUGAGGCUGUGAAGAAACUUAAAGAUACCGGACAAACCGUGACCAUAACCUUUGAACGUUACCUCAGCGGACCUAAGUUUGAACACUUGCAAGAAGCUUUCGCAGGAAAGGAGAGAACGCCUACAGAUAUUAGUCCUGCUUCACCUUCUGCUACGACUUUGAGUUGGAUACCUAUUGAAAAUAUUGAGAAAAAAGAAGAACCAGAACGGACGUCUCUUCAGAGUGUAAGCAGUGAGGUUCUGGAAGAUAUUCCCGAAAAUAAAGAAGUAUUUAUAGAAGAUAAUUUUGAGGCAAACCUAGAGGAAGACUUGGAGUCGGCUAUCAAGCAUAAAUGGGAGAGUAUUAUUGGCUGUGAUGCUGAGAUAGUUGUAGCCAACCUCACCAAACUUAAAGGUUUAGGAAUAAGUUUGGAAGGCACUGUAGAUGUUGAAGAUGGAGUAGAACUAAGGCCACAUCAUUAUAUUAGAUCCAUAUUACCGGAGGGGCCUGUUGGUAAAAAUGGGAAAUUGGGUCCUGGUGAUGAGUUACUUGAGGUAAAUGGUCAGAGGUUACUAGGCAUAAAACACGUCGAAGUUGUAAAAAUUCUAAGAGAACUUCCAGCUACAGUCAGACUGGUGUGUUCUAGAGAGCACAAAAAUAGGGUGAUCAACACGUCCCAAGACAGGGAAGCAUUUGAAGCAAGGAAUAUACUUGGAGGUAGCCUAAAGAAUCUUCUUCCUCAGCCAGAACAGAGGUUGAUCAAAGCGCUCAGUGAUACUAGUUUAAACACUUCAAGCUCUCCAUCAGGCGCGGAUGAGUCUAAUUUGGACAAAGUCAAGUCUCGCUCUCUGGAAGUAACUAAUGUAGCCAUGUGGUCUGAAGAAAUUGAAUAUGUGGAUCUGGUGAAAGGCGAUAAAGGGUUAGGAUUUUCUAUUCUGGACUACCAAGAUCCUCUAGAUCCAAAAUCUAGUGUUAUAGUGGUGAGAAGCUUGGUUCCAAAUGGUGCUGCCGAGCAAAAUGGAAAAAUUACUCCAGGUGAUCGCUUGAUAAGCGUAAACAGCAAAGUGAUAAAAAAUGUAACUCUCGACGAAGCAGUACAAGCCCUGAAAGGAACCAUGCCCGGAAUUGUGAGGUUAGGGAUCUCAAAACCGUUGCAAAGGCAAUCUGAAUCUCGCAGUGAUAAAUGAACAAUUGAAUCAUAGCUUACACGUCCACUCGCAUUACACUGAUAUGCUUUACCUUACACCAAUUUGAUUUCCAAGAUGUAGCUAUGAAAGUAUAGUCGGGAAAUUGGCGGUUUGAUAAGAUACAUCUUGUAUUAGUAUGGGAGCCAAAGAUAGACUUUAAUAUUUAUAUUAUCUGUUCCUUCACAAUUUUAAUUUUGGUAUAUGAUAAUAAUGUUAAUAUUUGUUUCCAUACUUUUGUCCGCUGCUGUAUAUGAACAUCCAAAUAAUACAGAAUAGGGUUAGGCAUCUUCUUGGAAAAUACGUUAUUUUUGUUGCCGAUAAAAUACAGAUAUUAAGAGGUAACAGCUGGUACUUAACAAGCCGCCACUAGUCUAAGGUUUUGCCAUUAAACACUGCCGACUUGAGUGGAAAAAAUAAGGUAGAUUUUGACAUUGUGGAAUCGUGGAAAUGCAAGGUCUGAGUAAAAUGGUGAUUUGAGAAGCAAUAAAAUGACUGGAUGGUUACGAAGAUUAUGCUAAAAAAUUAUUUACUGCAUCUUGGACGUUAUAUCUAUGGAUGUAAAUUAAUAAAUCUGAAAUAUAAAGAACAUAAAUAUUUAUAUUAAUUACAGGGAUAUGUAUCUCAUAAUGUGAGAUUCAGUAUUUUGUAGCUUUUACUACUGAAGUUGUAGGAGUUGUUAGUAGGAUCAGGCUGGUGUUACUUGGAAAAUCAAAAUUCCUAUGCUAUGCUAGGUGCUAAUAGAGCAAAUAUUAAUUCAAAAAGCUUUUUUGAGUGUAUAAUGGAAUACAUUGAUUAUCAUAGCUGUAGAAUACGCUAAUCAAUGUUGAAAAGCAUUAUAAGCUGUUGAAUUCAUCAAAGAAAAAAGAUUUAAUGAAAUCAAAGUGAUUAAUUGGCUACUAAUUUUAUGUGAUCGAUUUUGAAAUCAUGGGAGGCGACUAUAAAAAAAUAGAGAUUCGGCAAAAGUAAGUUAUCAGCUGUAGAAUGUGUGAAACACAGAUGCACUUUUGGGAUCAGAAUAGGGUCUGUCACAUUCUUCCAAAGGCCAGUAGACUAUACGUGGGCAUUUAUUAAUGUUGAAUGUCAGCAAACUGAAAUUAGUGCACUUCUUUCACAUUUUAUAAGCUACAUAUAUCGAACAAUAAUAUUUAAUGAUAAAAAUGGUUACUAAUUGUAAAAAUACAAACAUACGGAGCUUUAAAGUAAUUUCUUACUCUGAUAUUAUGAAUAUCUAUUUACAUUUGCAUAUCAAUCUUUAGGUAUUGUUAGAACAGCACAAAAGCUAAAGGAUAUUUGUACAUAUAACAAUUACAAUAAGUAUAGGAAUUGAUUUUUCUGUAAAAUAUGUAUUUGUGCUUCAGAUAUAUUUUGAUGCUGAUGUGCCAUAUUUAUUUCAUGUCAAGCCUAAGCUUUCUGAGACUGACUUCAGUUUUAACCAUUAAACUUUCUUCUAAAUGCAGGCGUUUCAGGAACAGUGCGGGAAAAUCUCUAUUCAAAAUAUCAUCUCAUCCGUUUUCGAAAUUUAUAAUUAUCCAGAAACCUGCACAACCUAACCUAAAUUGCUUUUUCUACACAGCUUUUGAAUAAGUCGGGACUGCUCUCCAAAUAUGAUGUUUUUAAUUCCAAAGUAAAACGUAUACAGAAUGGUUCACAAGUCGUGACCAAAAAUGAAACAUCAUACACAGGACCGCAUCUUAAGGGGUGUCUUGCAUGAAACAUUUUUCUCUCGAGGGCUUUAGUAAAAAGAUACGGGGUGUUGAAGUUUAAAAAUAAAAACAAAAUUUUAAUAUCUUCAAAACCGUCAACUGGAAUGAACCAAAAGGUAUGGUAUAGGCGUAAGUAUUGUCCACAUUCAAAAGUCUUUACUUCAAAUUUAUGUGCACCAGUGGCGGAGAUACAACGGAUUAGUGGCAUUAUUUUUCCUAUAAAAAUAGUACGCGACUGUUUUUUAUUCGAAACGCGCAGGUUUUCGAAUUUUACCUUCAAUUUGCUACAAAUAGUUACUCGUGUUUUUUCCCUAGAGUGGUCGUAAAAAUAAAAAAAAAAACAAAUUUGUAAAAACCUUUGAGGUAGGUUGGCGUCUGUUAAGAAAUCUACGUUGAUACUCCCAAGAAGCCGCUAAAGUAUUUCCAUUACAGAAGCCGUACACAAAAAUAAUAUCGUCGUACUCAUCAUUGCUAAAUUCCAUUUCACAACACUCAAAAAUGGAAAAAAGAAAAUUUAACAAAAAAAAAAUGGUAGUAGUAACGAUAACAACCGUAUAACACAUAACUUUGACAAGAAACGUCAAGUUGGUAUCAAGGCCUCCUAUUUUAUUUUGAAACUACAGUAAUGUCCGCAUAUAACGAACCUCAAGUGACCGGCGAAACUGGUUCGCUAUAAAUUUUUGAAAAUGUUUCUUAAAAAAAUCAUUUAUUUUAGUUUGGGUUAUUUUUGUGAAAUGAAUAUAAUAUGUAAUUCCACUUCAGAUAGUCGAUCUAGCACACGCUCCGGAGCAUUUCGUGACUGAAGGAAAUGACGAACCUUGACGAAGGGCUUCUGAUGUGGUUGGAGUUGGUAUCACUUCCAUACCGACAGAUUCACUAUUAAGUCGGCCACUCACGUACAGUUUCAACUGACAGUUUGAACUGUUCAGUGAAAACUGUGCAGUUAAACUGUUCAGUCUGUUUGCACACACACAUACAGGUCAAUCUAUCAGUUUUAAAUAAUGCAUCGAACAGAGCAGAACGAUUUGGCCGCUCUGGGUAUACUUUGUGUAGUUUUACAAAAAAGUAAACAAUGUAAAAAGCGUAAACAGUGGUGCAAGAAGUGGUUACAGAGACGAAAUCAAUCUUCGGACAUCAGCUUAUUAAAAGAAUUGAGAGGGGAACCAUUAGAUUUCCUUAAUUAUUUGCGCAUGACAGAAGCAGUGUAUCAAAAGUUGCUUUUGCUGGUUUCUCCUUUGAUUAAGAAGAAAGAUACAGUUAUGAGGGCAGCAAUAUCUCCACACGAACGAUUAACUGCUACCUUGAGAUUUCUGGCAACAGGACGGUCGUAUGAGUGUCUCAAAUUCUCGACUAGAAUAUCACCUCAAUGUCUUGGUAAAAUUAUCCCAGAAACGUGCAACGCCUUGUACGCAGUUUUAAAGAAGUAUAUGGCGGUACGUAUUUUCUUCUUAAUUUAGAAUAAGAGAAACG